UGCCUGAUGACCGUAAGCAUGCCGGUGGGGGAAACAUGUUGUGCUACGAGUUAUGUGCGCGCUGUACAUUUUGUCCGUUUUCUUUUUCUGAUCUCGUGACACGUGUGCGGUAACAUAAACGGUGUUGUAUUUGUUAUUUGAGGUGAAGGACGUACAGGUAUUAUGACAGAAGCCAGCAACAUUCAAAUUACCUUAUUUGGGCGCUGAUAUCAACUUAAAAUGGAUUCAGGAAGAUCUGAUGAGGCAGCUGUAAAAAGAUUCUGGAAAAUAUUGUCUGUCAACAGUACAAUGGAUGACAUGCGGAAAGAUCUUCACGAAGACUCUAAAUUUAUGGACUGGCAGGAAAUAGUCAAUAAUGAACUCCAACGGAUUAUUGAAUCUGACAAUUCUAAAACUUAUGAAGAGAUAUUUACAGAUCUAGGUGGACUUGAAAUGACAAGUUCCACAGACUGCAAUGACAAGUUAGAAAACUUAAUAAAGAGAGUGGUGAAUGAAAAACUGUGUACUUUGCCAGAGGGGACAAAAGCAGAAAUAUUUAGAAAGUGGGAUCGUAUAAUCCAGACCCAACAGACUGCAAUGAAAUAACUAUAUCAUCAUUUAUAAAGAUUGAAAGUCUGUGGCAACCCUGUGUCCAGCAAGUGUCUUGGCGCCAUUUUUCCAACAGUAUGUGCUCACAUCAUGUGCCUUUGUUACAUUUUGGUAAUUUUCGCAAAUUUAGGACUUUUUCAUUAUUAUUAUUAUAAUAUCUGUUGUGGUGACUUUUGAUCAAUGAUGUUAACUAUUGUAAUUGUUUUGGGGCGCCACAAACCGCACCCUUAUAAUAUGGUGAACUUAAUCAAUAAACAUGUGUUCUGACUGCUC